AUCGAUCUAUAUAGCGUGUGUUGGCUGCAAUGCUAACUUGGGAGAACCCGGUUAGGCUUGCAAGCAACACCGCCUCAACGAAAAAGCUAGCCUUCAUUACCUUCCUCUUCAUUGUGUUAUGUCCGGUCACAAUGGUCAUGUCUCAGCAACAGGCGAAGGCUGUUCCUCUGCCAGGUUCAGACGCAGAUUGCCUCUUGAGAUUCAAAGACACUUUAGUAAAUGCUUCGGUCAUUAGCAGUUGGGAUCCUUCUGUCGCCCCGUGUAAGCGAAACUCGGCGAAUUGGUUCGGCGUUCUUUGUUUAGCCGGUACUGUUUGGGGCAUACAACUCGAAGGAAUGGGGUUAACCGGGAAGCUUGACCUUGAACCAUUAUCUCCUAUCAAGAAUCUACGAACCUUAAGCUUCAUGAACAACGAUUUCAACGGUACAAUGCCAUCUGUCAAGAAGUUUGGUGCGUUGAAGUCAUUGUACUUGUCCAACAACCGGUUUACAGGGGAGAUACCUGUGGAUGCGUUUGAUGGUAUGCAUCAUUUGAAGAAGGUUAUAUUGGCAAACAACGCGUUUCGAGGGAAGAUCCCUUCUUCUUUAGCUUCUUUGCCGAUGCUUUUAGAGGUGAGGCUAAAUGGGAAUCAGUUUCAAGGGCAAGUACCUGAUUUUAAACAGAAGGACCUUAAGUUGGUUAGCUUCGAAAACAAUGACCUCGAGGGACCUAUACCCGAAAGCCUUCGCAGCAUGGAUCGUGGAUCCUUUGCAGGGAACAAAAACUUGUGUGGUCCUCCACUAAGCUCAUGCUCGGGGACUUCUCCGAAUCUACCUUUUAGUCCCACGGAGAAGAACAAAUACCAAUCUUUCUUCACGGCUGCAAUUGUUUUGAUUGUCAUUGGGAUAAUACUGAUGAUCAUUUCGCUUGUGGUCUGUGUCCUUCAUACCAGAAGACGCAAGUGUUUGUCGGCUUAUCCAUCCGCGGGUCAGGAAAGGACAGAGAAAUACAAUUACGAUCAAUCCGCGGACAAGGAGAAUGCCGUGGAGUCUGUAUCGAGUUACACUAGUAGGAGAGGAGCGGUACCGGAUCAGAGCAAACUCUUGUUUCUGCAAGAUGACAUUAAAAGAUUUGACCUUCAAGAUCUUCUUAGAGCCUCUGCUGAAGUUCUUGGGAGCGGUAGCUUUGGUGCUUCUUAUAAAACUGGGAUACAUAGCGGACAGACGAUGGUCGUGAAGAGGUAUAAGCAUAUGAACAAUGUCGGAAAAGAGGAGUUUCAUGAGCAUUUGAGACGGUUAGGGAGAUUGAACCAUCCAAAUCUGUUGCCUAUUGUGGCUUACUAUUACCGUAGAGAAGAGAAGCUCUUGAUAGCUGAGUUCAUGCCAAAUCGUAGCUUGGCAAGCCAUCUUCACGCGAAUCGUUCUUUGGAUCAACCUGGAUUGGAUUGGCCAACAAGGAAAAAGAUUAUACAAGGAGUGGCUAAGGGUUUAGGUUACUUGUUCAAUGAGCUACCAACCCUAACAAUCCCUCACGGUCAUCUCAAGUCAUCGAACGUUGUAUUGGACGAAUCAUUUGAGCCUCGUUUAACAGAUUACGCGCUAAGACCAGUGAUGAACUCAGAGCAGUCUCACAAUCUAAUGAUCGCUUAUAAAUCGCCAGAGUAUACCAUAAAAGGACAUUUAACAAAGAAGACAGAUGUUUGGUGCCUCGGGGUUUUGAUCUUGGAGCUUUUAACAGGUAAGUUUCCAGAGAAUUACCUAAGCCAAGGGUACGAUGCGAACAUGAGCCUGGUGACUUGGGUGAGUAACAUGGUUAAGGAGAAGAAAACGUGUGACGUGUUUGACAAGGAAAUGUUUGGGAAGAAGAACUGCAAAGCAGAGAUGCUAAACCUUUUGAAGAUAGGGUUGAGCUGUUGCGAAGAAGAUGAAGAAAGGAGGAUAGAGAUGAUGGAUGCAGUGGAGAAGAUAGAGAGGUUAAAGGAAGGAGGAGAGUUUGAUAAUGAUUUCGCAUCCAAUAACGUCUUUGCUUCUCGGUUAGUAGACGACGAUGACUUUGCUUUCGCCACGAAUCGAUGAUGAGUUGAUUGAAAAGUUAAAAACAAUUUGUUGUAAUCUUGAUGCAAAAGAAAAGGAUUGAUUAUUUUUUUUUUGUUUUUUGUUCAUUGUUAUGUAACUUCUCCAGCUUUCUAAAGUCUGUGUAAUUUGUAAAUCCUUUUUGCUGAGUUUUGAAAGUUUACUC